ACAACACGAUAAAUCUCUCGAGUCGAACGGACGUGUCUGGUGCGCGCUCCGCCCGAAGGCUGUUCCGCGUGAAUAUUUCCACCCACCUAUAGCGACGAUCGUACUCCGCGCAUACAUACCGUGCUCGCGUGACAAAAGCGAAAAGUAGUGUCGAAAGUUCGUCGUUUUUUUAUCCCCAUUUCUGUGCCAAUCAAUUAAAUAGCGUUUCUGUGAACUGUGUGAAAGGCACACAGCCGAAAGAGCGAUUUAAAGAAGGUUUGAUUCCCGAAAAAGGCUGUGUGUUUGGCGAUCAACGGAGUUCAACAAAAGCGCCCAAAGAUCAUCGUCUGUUUGAAGAAAGGAAAAAAAUCACACACAAAGCUGUGCUCGAUGGUUAAAGACCGCGAAUGUCUGGAAUGUAGUCUUCGGUAGGGGCAAGGUCCACUUCUUCCGUGUUCGUGAUCGUGUUCUUCGUGAAUGGGCGUACUCCCCGUGCAUAAGUGAAUGUGUGCCGUCGUCGUCGGCCGUGUCUUUGCUCCCCGUGUCCGGUUGCGUGUGCCGCAGCUUCCCAAGCGCUAAGAUCUCUCACCCCGUGGUGAAAACGGCUGCCAUUAACGAUAUAAAAUAGAAGCGUUACAGAAGCGUGAGCAAGUUGUGCUUUGUGUGUGUGUGCGGUGCAAGAAAACGCAACCUUACAUUGCUUUACACGCUGCAGUCAAAGUGUGCCAAGAGCUCGAUCUACACGAUCCCACCGAAAGAGCAACGCAGCGCUGUGUGCAUACAAGUGUAUGUGAGAGAGUGGUUGUGUUUGAUAUAAGAAAUUAUGUGAAAACUUCAUACGUGCCUUACAACAAGUGAAAAUACGUUAGUGACAAGUGAGUCGAAGUACAAAGUGAAAAAUUCUACUGCGUAGCGCUGUGAGAUGUCCCCUUGAGCUGUGCAAGGCAACGCAAGGGUGUGAAUCAGGCCAAACUUCCCAGCUUCCCACCGAACCUAUAACGUUUCGUCCCGAUUUGGCUGUGAGACUCCACUUCCGCCAGUGCGCUCCGUAAACUUCCCAUGCCACCCCGCUGCACCCGUGAAACGAUGACCGUCGGAAGUGUGCAGCACCCGAACGUGUUGCCCCAGUCGGCCGCUGCUUCCGCUGCCCGCGUGACGGCUGCCUACGACUACACGGGCACCGGUUCUGGUGGCGGUGGCAUCAGUGGCAGUGGCAGCCUAACACACGGAGGCGGUAGCAGCCUACGAUCGAGCGGUAUCGGCAGUGGCCGCAUCAGUCCAAACUCACCGUCCACCAACUCUUCCGCCUUCGGUAUGAUGCGCACCCCGGCCAGGCGGUGCCUGUUCGACAGGCCCGACCCAACCGACACCAGGCGCAUAUACGAGGAUCACGAGAAAGCCGAACGGCAGCGCGUCAUCAAACAGUACGGCUUCGAUCCGUACACCGAGCGGGGUCUGACCAGCUCCAAGAGUUCGGCGUCGGCGGGUGGACUGCACCAUCGCCAUCAUCACCAAUGAAGCGAGCGUGCUUGUAAUUGGCUCAAGAAGUCAGCAAUGCACCCACACACACAAAAAAGAAUCAGCAGUGUGCCCGUCCGUCAUCAUCAUCACCAAACGCUCCGCGGCGAAACGCUCCAGUUCCAGUGUAAAAGACGCGCGCGCGCCACCAAAAGAGUGCAAUACCGCCAAACAUCGUGGGCUGUGUAAAAGGAAAAGAAAGCAAGAAACAAAAAAGUUAGACAAAAAAGGGAAAAUGUUUAAAAACUAAAAGAAAUUAUAACAGAAACUGUAGAGAAGAAAGCUGACAAAACAAAAUCAACGGCCGUGCGUGAGAAGUGAAUAGAAGUGGCAGCAGCGAAAGAUUGAAACCCCGGGGGGAAAACCAACAAGCCAUUUUACCAACCUAGACAGAUCACACAUCAUCCGUACUCAUGUUGCAGUAAACAUCAACCAAUAAAUGUACACCCUGGAUGGGCGUUCACCGUGCGCCACGCGCGACCAACUCAACUCCGGUUGGUGUCUUUUUUGUUGGCUUUUCUGUUACUUCGUUGUAAAGAAGUAAUUAAUACCGGUCCUGUUACAAUGAUGCUCGACUUGUUGCCCCAUCCACAUGGUGCUCAAGGUUAGUUUGCGUGAUGUAACUCGAAUGGAGCGCGAUCAUCGUUCGUAAAACGGAUUUUAGCAACCAAUUGAGACGACAUGGAUAACUCACCAAACCCCAGACACCUGCUUGUCCUAUCUGUGCCACAGAUAGCUUGUAGCCCAGGAAAACGAUCAUCAAAGCAGCACCUUUACUGACGAGUGUAUAGAUUAUUGUUGUACUUCAAAGAUGUGGUCAAAUCCAUCCCCUAGGCAGAAAGAAAAGCGAUGACGAACGGUGUGGUACAUGGUAUCUUUAUCGACUGUGUAGUCCAAGAAAGCAUUUUGCAGAAAAUAGCAGUAGUAGUGGCGCAAGAAGAAUUGACAGUACCGUUUCCUUAAGACAAAACAAAAGCAAACGCAAGAAAACAGAGCAAGAGAUGAGGUAAUACAAAGCAUAUAAAAAUGAACGCGAUCUCAUGUGAUAUUUUCUAAGCGAGUGUAUGUGUAUGUAAUGUUUCGUUUUUUUUUUUCGUAUUCUCCCGUUUUUUCCGUGAGAUGUUGUACGUUGGAAUGGUGUGAAUGUUGUAGAUAAAAUGUAGCAAAAAACAAAAACAAAUAAGUUGAAAAAUGUGUUAAUUACCAUUAAAAUGAAUGAAUUUCCCUUCUCGUGUUUAUCCAGUUGAGUUGGAGCCGCUUUGUGGUUUAAGAAGUAAAUGUUUUAUUUGUAUUUUUUCCCAUAAAACAUCACUCCACAUUUUAUCGUUUUUUUUUUAUUUUUACCAAAUCAAUUCAACAUCAGAACGAUCAGAUUAGAGAUACCCUUUAUUAAGUAGACGUGUGAAGAUGGAUGCACUGUUGCACAAACCGUCGUUGUUAGCGUGAUAGUAAUUCUUUCCGAUUAUGUUUCGAACCAUUUGUUUGUUGAUUUUAAAUGCAUUUUCCCCUGUUUCUCGUUUGGUUAAAUGAUUAACUUGCCUCCUUUUCCCAGAGCAUCGGUUUAAUAUAAUUCAAAUGAAGUAUAAUGUUUUUCCUUUUUCAUUUUUUUUUGCUUUACAUCCUGCCCUUGAUUUAUAAUUCUUCGCUCACCGCAACUAGGUGAGUUGAUUAGCAGAUGCGUUAGUGUGGCAGUAUAAGUUUAAGUUUUCUUAGACAUUGUGGUGUAAAAAACGUGAGCAACACUCCAAUUCGCGCCGUAAAAAUGGGUGGGAUUAAGGGAAGGUUUAUAAUGUAAUCGUUAAAUUAUAUGUUUAUAUUUUGUAUCGUAGCUCGUUUAAUUCUUUAUUAACUAAUAUUAUUUUUAUUUUUGCUUGUUUGUUGUAUCGCUGCAAUGUGAACGGUCUGACGGUUAUGGUUAUCGGCUUGACGCACCAACAGGCGUUAGGCAAAAAAACAGCCGUGGGGUCAGAUGGUGCAGGAAAAUUGCAGUGAAGUGAAGGAAAUUUUUUAUCAAAGUCCCGAUCUCAGUUUAAUAAUUAUUUUUUGUUUAUUGUAGCUCUUCUCUCCCGAUCCUACGAAAAGCUCCUCUCUAUUUCCUUUCACUCCCCCCCUCCCUCCCUCCAUUCCCCAUUGUUAUAAUGCGUAGUAGAUAAACCUUGGAUAAGUGUGUAGAACCUUUAUGAGUUUUCGGUUGAGAUCAACGUAAGGAAUUCAUCCCAUCAUUCUUACUUUUUCACCCACUGUCUUCUAAGAGUCGACACGGAAACUAGACGCUCUGUCAGACAGUUGAAAACAACCAGAAAAAGAUAAUAAUAAGAGGCAGAUAAUUAAAGAACAAACAUUUUUUCACGAACAGAAACUGAUCGUCUUCCAAGAGUGCCUUGGUGUGCCUUACAAUCUGCGUCGAUGCGCUUCGACCUUUCAGGAAAAAACAGCAAAAAAAAAACUUUUCUUCAACCAGUGCGUUCGUUGUACCAAAUGGAUGUGAUCGAGCAAUUUAAUCAUUAGUAGAAAGGUGUUUUAUUAUGUUUGUUUGUUUUAGUAGUUUUUUUUUCUCUUAACUUGUUUUUUUUGUCGCCCACACUUGAGAUUAGUGAAAUUGAUCUAUAAAUUCGCCAUACGAGAGUAGAGACGUGACGUGUGCGCAACGGCAAUACAAACACAGUACUGCACCAAUUAAAUACAGCUGGUUAAUAAUUUUAGCAAACACCAACACUACCUACCUAUAUAGAUGAGCAUGUAUAUUACCGGCCCUCAGUGCAGUUUGAGCUCUCGCGCGUUUCGGUUAAAGUUUUGUCUUUUCUUUUUGCAUAGCAUUAGGGAUUUGCCUCCGUUACAGGCAGGCUUAAGUGUAAGUUACUUUUCAACCAACAUUUCCUUAUUGCAUCCAAGUUUCCGUUUAGUUCCGUUCGGUAGAUUGAUGAGAGCUCUCCUCCAGUGACCUCCCAGCAGCAAGUAGCUUUGUGUGACUUUGUGCGUAAAUUAUGCACUUCAAAAUGCAAAUUAGAGAAGAGAACAAUAUCAUGCAGUUGCGUACACACCGAGAAUCAAUCAUUCAAUGAAACGAAACGAAAAUUUAGUUAAUUAUUUAUCCUUCUACCAAAAUGUUACUAUUGUUUAGGGAUGUACUACAUCGCAUGUAAGGAACGUUAAUCGAAUGGUCCAAUAAAGCAGUGUCUUUUGUAAGGUGUGUAAGAAUAGUGGUGGUGAGUGUUUCGCUCUGUCGAAAAACAUUUCCGUUCAUUUGCACGGAAAACAAGAAAACGCAACAAAAAACACAAAAGUUUUUAAACCAUACCGACCGUUCUAUACUAUCAGUUAAAAACCUAUCCCUCAAUACAUAUGCGAGCAACAAAGCUUACCAAUCACGUGUAAAAUGGAUGAGGAAAUCCGCGAAAAAAAAUGCUACACAGAAAAUAACAAUAAAAAUGUCCUAUAGAAUCUGAAUAUCGAAAA